AUGUCGGCCAGCAAAGCCCAAUCGUCGAAGAUCUUCGAGAAGCUGAAAUCCAAGCCUGCCAACAAAAUCUGUUUUGAUUGCGGCCAGAAGAACCCAACAUGGUCUUCAGUCCCCUUUGGCGUUUAUCUAUGUCUCGACUGCUCCUCCAACCAUAGAAAUCUUGGUGUCCACAUCUCUUUUGUGAGGUCUACCAACCUCGAUGUCUGGCAAUGGGCGCAGUUGCGCACCAUGAAAGUCGGAGGCAAUGAAUCCGCUACGAAAUUCUUUCAAUCCAAUGGUGGUUCCGCCGCCCUUGCUAGUAAAGAUGCAAAGGUGAAAUAUACUUCCAACGCUGCCAACAAGUACAAGGAGGAACUGAAGCGCAGGUCUGCACGAGAUGCUGAAGAAUAUCCCGAGGAAGUGAUCAUCACCGACGAAGUCCUGGCGACCCCUGGAGAAGGCACAAACACCCCUGCCGGCGAACCUGCCGAUGACUUUUUCUCCUCAUGGGACAAGCCCACCAUUAAAAGACCCAGCAACCCUCCUUCUCGUUCAGGCACUCCCCCAGUUGUGUCUCGAACCGCCUCUCCUUUCCUAUCGGCAGGCCCGCUCAACGGCGCUCCAAGACCCAAAUCUCCCUCACCUCUCGCCGCCAACAGCGACGAUGCUGAUAAGCCUCUACCAGCACCCACCGCCAUCCGCACCACAUCUGCGUCUGCGAUUCGUAAAGGGCCCUCUGCGGCUGCGGCCAAGCGUACCAACGUCCUCGGUGCGAAGAAGACCCAGAAACUUGGUGCGAAGAAAGUCGGUGGUGACGAAAUCGACUUUGAGGCAGCAGAGAAAGCUGCCAAAGCAGAAGCCGAGCGGAUAGCCAAGCUUGGGUAUGACCCAGAAGCCGAGAAAGCGGAAGAUCUGGCGAAGACACGCUCCAUAGGCCUGGCUACAAAGGAGGCUCCUGCCCCAAUUGCUCCUCCCAAGGCUGGUAAUGCUUCAAGUGCCACACAUGGUCGAAGUCCAAGCGAGGUAGAACGAUUAGGCAUGGGAGUUCAAAGAUUAGGAUUUGGCCAAAUUGGAGCAAGCAAAGGAGCUGCAUCGAGUGCACCUGCACCCAAGAAACUCGGGUUUGGAAGUGUUGGUGCUAGCAAGGCUGCUACCGAAGACGACGACGAGAAAUACGCACGCGAGAAAUUCGGCACUCAAAAGGGCAUUUCGUCCGACGAGUUCUUCGGCCGCAACGCCUUCGACCCCAACGCACAAGCCGAAGCCAAGACACGUCUGCAGGGCUUCGACGGCGCGACCUCGAUCUCGUCGAACGCGUACUUCGGCCGUCCCGAGGACGACCUCACUGGCCUCGAGGGCGGCGACUACGGCGACAUCGAAACCGCCGCCAAGGACUUUGUGCGCCGCAUGGGUCUCACCGCCGGCGACGAUCUCGAGAAUCUCAUCAAUGUCGCCGGCGAAGGCGGCAGGAAGCUGCGGGGCGCGGUUGCGCGGUACUUGAAUAGUUAG